AUGUACGCGCGUCGCAUCAAGAGUCUUGGACAUCCUACUCGAAAGAUUGCUGUAACACGGGCAACGCAUCCCUUGGAUCCGAAUGUCCUACACCUUCUAAGCGCAUGUCGAGAAGAUCUCUUGCUUCCCAACUUACACAGUCUUUGCUUGACCGUAGACGAUAUUGACCGGGGUUUCCUCCACCACAGCUCCCUUCUUGUUGGAUCACCUUUGAAGCAUUUCUCCCUGUCCUUUCUCAACGACAUUCCCAAAGACACAGACUCUAUGAUAUCCUCCAUUCGGCAUAUUUGCGCAACUUGCGAUCUGGAGGAUUUCGAACUGAUCAGCCUUUCCUUUCCCGGACGUGCUGCUCUCAUUACAGAUGUAUUACGACCUCCAGCCUCAUUCCGCAAAUUCUGGGUAUUCGACCUGUCUCAUAGCCAUGUCGUCCGGCUGGCUUCACUGCCGGAACUACGGGAAGUCAAGCUUGGCUUUAGAUAUGACAACAACCUGGAUUUCCUCGCCAAUGCAUCUCUAUCAUCGUAUUUCCCCUCCUUGCAGGUGCUCAAUAUCAGUGUGGCAUCGCUUGCCAUCUGUGGAGACCUACUGAGGAUUAUGGGCUCUGCCAACUUGCGAGAUCUCUCAGUUAUUCAUAGCGGUCCUAUAGCCUCGGACCCUAAUAGUUUCCUUGAGUUCUUCACACUGUUGAACGAACACUGCUCGCAUUCUUCUCUACAAGCAGUCACUAUCCUGCAGUCAGGUGGCCCAGACGGCUCCCUCCGAAGUUAUGCUGAGAUCAGUGCCAGAUCUCUCGCACCUAUGUUUGUCUUUUCCAGACUCACCGACGUCUACGUAGACUGCUCGUGCACAUACGAUCUCAACAAUGAUUCACUUGCCCAAAUGGCUCGAGCGUGGCCUAAACUUGAAGCACUCACUCUUGGUGUUGAUCACGGAUGGGAACAGCUUUCCAACAUCACUUUUCAUGGCCUCUCCCAGCUUGUCCGACUCUGUCCGAAACUGCACGCAAUCGGAGUUGCUGUGAACGUUUCCGUAGAUGAUCUUCGCUUCGAAGACCCAGAGAUAGCGCAGUCCUCUAAUGGACGGGUUACUCGAAUCGAUUUGGGUGACUCUGCUAUGGGGGAAGUCGAUCCGGUAGCGAAAGCAUUUGCGCAUCUGUUCCCAAACUUGUGUUCCAUUUGGAUUCGGCGACCGGUGUGGCAGGAGGCAUAUACGCUCGAGCAGAACCGGCGAGGGGGCGAUAUCGCCAACGAUUAUUGGAACGCGGUUCAGAGACAGGUUCGAGCGUAUGCCGACGCGGCAGCACAGGGGCCGUCAUUCGACAUGAUCAUAUGA